AUGCGGAGCUCUUGCAGAUACACCACCCAAGAGGCUCUUGCUUUGCACGAAUCUGUGCCGCCCGACCGUUGGUGCGUCAAUCGCUCAGAUCUGAAGUAUUUGUGGCGGGAAGUUCGGAAGGCUAUCCAGAAUGGCGAGAUUGCGCCGCCAGAUGGCGGCACUGACGAUUUUGCGGUCUCUGACAAGCAAUAUGGGCCCAGCAUCUACGCUGUGAACAGGCAGUACAUCAUGCCAGUUACGCAGGAAGCCGGAAAGGUUAGCUGGGCUUUGAUGCGACACCCGGAUGGCUUGGAAUGUCACUUGUUCAUGAGUCACGCCUGGCAAGAAGGUGUAUUCGAGCUCCUGUCCAAAGUCUUACAUUCCUGGCCCCGAGAUGCUCGACAUGCCUGGUGCUGCAUGUUGGCCAACCCACAAAAUCUGGAUAUUGGAGCAUUGCUGCAGUCUCCCAGCAACUCACCCUUUGCGCUGGCUCUUCAGGCCUCCACCUGGGUCCUGGUUGUGCCAAACCGCCACUGCAGCAUCUACACGAG